AUGUCGGAUAUGGAGCUGCCGAACAAAGAUGAAAUCUCAGGUCAAGUCAAAGCAUCCGAGUUCAAGGCCCCUGAGCCAGAGCCUGAAAUUCAAGCUUCCUUACACAGAUCCCGAAUACUGAGAAAGCUGGAUAUGCGUAUCUUACCAAUGAUGCUCAUUACUUACGGUCUUCAAUUUCUCGACAAAGCGGUUCUAGGCUACGCUGCUGUUUACACAUUCAGAGAGGAUACUCAUCUCCAUGGACAACAGUAUAGCUGGGUUGGGUCAAUAUUUUACUUCGGUUACUUUUUAUUUGAGUAUCCUCUCGCCAGUCUUCUCCAUUCAUUCCAUGCAUCAGUAUAUCUUGGGUUUUUUAUUAGUGCAUGGGGAAUUUGUGUUCUUAUGACCAACUUUUGUACCAGUUUUGCUGGACUUAUGGUGAAUAGGUUCGUUUUGGGAGCAUUGGAGUCUAUUGUGGCUCCUAGCUUUGUGCUCAAUGGUAUACGCAAGAGGAGCAGCCCAUUUCGACAAGUGAUUUGGUUCGCAGGUACUCCAUUAUUUGGUAUCUUUGGUGGUCUUCUGGGCUAUGCCUUUGGGUUUACUCACGCAGCAGUUUCACCAUGGCGUUUGCUCUAUAUCGUCUUUGGUUCAAUCACAGCUGUUUGGAGCAUCUUUUUUGCCCUUUUCUUCCCCACAUCUCCUGAUAAAGCAUCAUUCCUGACUGAAGAUGAACGUGCAUACUCUGCACUGCUGAGCCAAGAAAGGCAUAAUUCCUUCGAGUCGAAGUGGAAAUGGUCCCAGGUCAAAGAAGCAUGCCUCGAUAUUAAGACUUAUCUUUUCUUUGCUAUCGGCAUUGCGAAUACUAUUCCAGCAGGAUCUUUGUCAAACUUCAGCAGUCUGUUGAUCAAAGGAUUCGGAUUUACCUCUGUCCAAACACAGCUUAUUGGAAUUCCGUCCCAUGUUAUUCAAAUUUUAUCACUCUUGAUUAGCGGUUUAAUUGCAACCAAAACCAAGGAUCUACGCCUGAUCAUCAUGUCCUUCUGCGUGAUUCCCUCGAUAAUCGGAACUGCCCUGGUAUAUACGCUCCCACACACCAACCAAUGGGGUAGAGUUGUGUCUAUUUGGAUAAUUUAUACGAACUCAGCAAGCUUGGCUGUCUCAUUUUCGGUCAUUGGAGGUAAUGUUGUCGGUUUCACUAAGAAAACCACAACGACCUUUGUCCUUUUCCUCGGAUAUUGUAUUGGAAAUCUGAUUGCUCCUCAAUUCUUUUUGAGCCGAGAGGAGAAAUCGGGCUAUCCGACUGCUAUCAUAGCAAUGAUCGUAUCGUUUGCGGCUCUUUUCAUCAUCCCUCUUGCACUCAGGUACCUUUAUGCUAUGGAAAACAAGCGACGAGACCUACAUGCAGCGGAAUCUGGAUGCGAAUGGCCUGAAGUAGACGAUGUCGAUCUGACAGACAUUGAGGACCGAAGCUUUAGAUACGCCCUUUAA